AAGGGGCCGAGACCAGGCGAAGAGCGAGGGCAGGGAAGCGGGGAAGGGAGGAAGGAAGAGGCCGAAGGGGAGGGAGGGCCCUGUUUUGGCGGAGCGGGGCGCGCGGCCGGGCCCCUGAAGUGGAGCGAGAGGGAGGCGCUUCGCCGGUGCAGCUGCCGGAGAAGGCUCGUCGGGACCCAGCGCCGGUCGCGGCUCCCUCAGGAUCGAUGCACCGCGGUUAACCCGUGAGGAGGCGGCGGCCGCGGAAGAUGGUGUUGCCGACAGUGUUAAUUCUUCUCCUCUCCUGGGCGGCGGGGCUGGGAGGUCAGUAUGGAAAUCCUCUAAAUAAAUAUAUUAGACAUUAUGAAGGAUUAUCUUACAAUGUGGAUUCAUUACACCAAAAACACCAGCGUGCCAAACGAGCAGUCUCACACGAGGACCAGUUUUUACUUCUAGAUUUCCAUGCCCAUGGAAGACAGUUCAACCUACGAAUGAAGAGGGACACUUCCCUUUUUAGUGAUGAAUUUAAAGUAGAAACAUCAAAUAAAGUACUUGAUUAUGAUACCUCUCAUAUUUACACUGGACAUAUUUAUGGUGAAGAAGGAAGCUUUAGUCAUGGGUCUGUCAUUGAUGGAAGAUUUGAAGGUUUCAUCCAGACUCGUGGUGGCACGUUUUAUAUUGAGCCAGCAGAGAGAUAUAUUAAAGACCGAAUCCUGCCGUUUCACUCUGUUAUUUAUCAUGAAGAUGAUAUAAACUAUCCCCAUAAAUACGGCCCACAGGGAGGCUGUGCAGAUCACUCCGUCUUUGAAAGGAUGAGGAAGUACCAAAUGACUGGAGUAGAGGAAGGAGCACAGGCACGUCAAGAAGAGCAUGCUGCUAGUAUUGGUCCCGAGCUCCUGAGGAAAAAGCGCACAACUCUGGCUGAAAGAAACACUUGUCAGCUCUAUAUCCAGACAGAUCACCUGUUCUUUAAAUACUAUGGAACACGAGAAGCUGUUAUUGCCCAGAUAUCCAGUCAUGUUAAAGCAAUUGAUACAAUUUACCAGACUACAGACUUCUCCGGAAUCCGUAACAUCAGUUUCAUGGUGAAACGCAUAAGAAUCAAUACCACCUCUGAUGAAAAGGACCCUACAAAUCCUUUCCGUUUCCCAAAUAUUGGUGUGGAGAAGUUCCUGGAGUUGAAUUCUGAGCAGAAUCAUGAUGACUACUGCUUGGCCUAUGUCUUCACAGACCGGGAUUUUGAUGAUGGUGUUCUUGGUCUGGCAUGGGUUGGAGCACCUUCAGGAAGCUCUGGAGGAAUAUGUGAGAAAAGCAAAUUGUAUUCAGAUGGCAAGAAGAAGUCAUUGAACACUGGCAUUAUUACUGUUCAGAACUAUGGCUCUCAUGUGCCUCCCAAAGUCUCUCAUAUUACUUUUGCUCAUGAAGUUGGACAUAACUUUGGAUCUCCACAUGAUUCUGGAACAGAGUGCACACCAGGAGAGUCUAAGAACUUAGGACAAAAAGAAAAUGGCAAUUACAUCAUGUAUGCAAGAGCAACGUCUGGGGACAAACUUAACAACAACAAGUUUUCACUCUGCAGUAUUAGAAACAUAAGCCAAGUGCUUGAGAAGAAGAGAAACAACUGCUUCGUUGAGUCUGGCCAACCUAUAUGUGGAAAUGGGAUGGUAGAGCAAGGUGAAGAAUGUGACUGUGGCUACAGUGACCAGUGUAAGGAUGAGUGCUGCUUCGAUGCAAACCAGCCAGAGGGGAAGAAAUGCAAGCUGAAGCCUGGGAAGCAGUGCAGUCCAAGUCAAGGACCCUGCUGUACAGCACAGUGUGCAUUCAAGUCAAAGUCCGAGAAAUGUCGGGAUGAUUCUGACUGUGCAAAGGAAGGGAUAUGCAAUGGCUUCACAGCCCUCUGCCCAGCGUCUGAUCCCAAGCCCAACUUCACGGACUGUAACAGGCAUACACAAGUGUGCAUUAAUGGGCAAUGUGCAGGUUCUAUCUGUGAGAAGUAUGACUUGGAAGAGUGUACCUGUGCCAGCUCUGAUGGCAAAGAUGAUAAGGAGUUAUGCCAUGUUUGUUGCAUGAAGAAAAUGGCCCCUUCAACUUGUGCCAGUACAGGAUCUUUGCAGUGGAGCAAGCAAUUCAGUGGUCGGACUAUCACUCUGCAGCCGGGCUCUCCAUGUAAUGACUUCAGAGGCUACUGUGAUGUUUUCAUGCGGUGCAGAUUAGUAGAUGCUGAUGGUCCUCUAGCUAGGCUGAAAAAAGCAAUUUUUAGUCCUCAACUCUAUGAAAACAUUGCUGAGUGGAUCGUAGCUCACUGGUGGGCAGUACUGCUUAUGGGAAUUGCCCUGAUCAUGUUAAUGGCUGGAUUUAUCAAGAUUUGCAGUGUUCACACUCCAAGUAGUAAUCCAAAGUUGCCUCCUCCUAAACCACUUCCAGGCACUUUAAAGAGGAGGAGACCGCCGCAACCCAUUCAGCAGCCCCCGCGUCAGAGGCCCCGGGAGAGUUAUCAAAUGGGACACAUGCGACGCUAACUGCAGCUUUUGCCUUGGUUCUUCCUAGUGCCUACAGUGGGAAAACUUCACUCCAAAGAGAAACCUGUUAAGUCAUCAUCUCCAGACGAAACCCUCACAGUUCAUAGUUGAAGAAAAAAUGGCAAGAGAUCAUGUCCUCGUACCAGGUGGAAUUACUUAAAAUUUAAAGCCUGAAAAUUCCAAUUUAGGGGGGUGGGGUAGAUGGAAAAGGAACCCAAUUUUCUUAUGGACAGAUAUUUUUAACCUAAUGGCACAAAGUCUUAGAAUAUUAUGAUGUGCCCCGUGUUUUCUUCGUUGCUGCAUUUUCUUCACUUGCAGACAGACUUGGCUCUCGAUGAACUUUUAUCACAAAUUGAAAUAUAUUUUUUUCAACUGCCAAUCAAGGCUGGGAGGCUCGACCACCUCAACAUUGGAUACAUCACUUGCCAAUGUACAUACCUUGUUAUAUGCAGACAUGUAUUUCUUACGUACACUGUACUUCUCUGUGCAAUUGUAAACAGAAAUUGCAAUAUGGAUGUUUCUUUGUAUUAUAAAUUUUUCCCGCUCUUAAUGAAAAAUUACUGUUUAAUUGACAUACUCAGGAUAACAGAGAAUGGUGGUGUUCAGUGGUCCAGGAUUCUGUAAUGCUUCACAUAGGCAGUUUUGAAAUGAGAAUCAUUUUCCUUUUCUUACAGUGGAGUUGGUUUUUACAUACAUCUUUUUCCUUGUCACAUGGCUGCUGUGAGCAGGAGAGGCUGCGCUGAAGAGAGCAGCUGAUCGGAGUGCAAACUGGACAGCAACAGCCUUUGGCUUCAGAGUCAGUUCUUUAUGUAAAUGUCUGGUUUCUGCUUAGAAUUUUACACUUCCUAGUUCAAUUCCCUUUUUAAACUGCUAGGUGAAAUUUGUUCAUGCCUUGGUAGGAAUUAUGUCAGAAAUGAUGAUUUUCAUUUGUAGCCUGCUUAUUCCUUUGUGUAUUCCAUAUACUUAAAGUCUGCUAAUUCUGUUUUUAUCUGAUAUGGAAAAGAAAAUCAAUGUCUUCAUUGAAAUAUUUGGACAGGUCUUUGGCACACCAUCUGAUCAUUGGUAACCACUAGAGAUGAGUAAUUUGCUCGGCAGGUAGUUGAAGUUGUAGAUAGGCCUUCUGACAUGGUUUCCAACCCUUAAGCCAUCUUAACAACAAUGAAGGUAGACAGCACAGUGUCCAUUACAAACUUUUUUUUUAAGCAGAUAUAAAUAAUUGGCAUUUUAAAGAAAGAGAAAGCAAAAGCAUUUAAUGUAUUAACAGGCUUAUCGCUAUGCAGAAAAUGGAGGGGGCAUUAAAAAAAUGUAAGCUUGUGACAUAUUCAUUGCUUCUGUUUUCCAGCUACAUCACGUAAAUUAGAAGUCAACAGUAGUGACUUUCCUGGCUUUACAUAGGAGGCAAAUGUAGGGAAGGUUGACAAGAUGACUGUGUUUGGCUUUCUUUUUCUUUUCUUUUCUUUUUUUUUUUUUUCCUUUUUUUUUUUCUUAAGAGUCUAAGGUUUACACAAUCACUCAUAAUGUGACGCGAGCCAGCAAGGCCAAAAACGCUAGAGAAACAAUGGGAUCUCUCCUUGUAAACUUGUACAGUAUGUGGUGACUUUUUUCAAAACAGCUUUUUGUACAUGAUUUAGAGACAAAUUUUGUACAUGAAACCCCAGAUAGACUAUAAAUAAUUCUAACCCAACAAGUAGGUAGCUGUGUAUGACACUGCUUUAAAUCAUUCAAAUGCCUUUGUUUUUGGACUGUGCAAAGGUUGGAAGUGGGUUUGCAUUUCUAAAAUGGUGACUUUUAUUCUGCAAGAGUUCUUAGUAACUUCUUGGGUGUGGUAGACUUUGGAACAUGUACAUUUUUUGCUUGUAAUGUUAUCCUGUGGUAGGGUUUUGGCAGUUACACACUGCCCUGUUUUAUUUUGAGUCUAAGUUAAAUGUUUUCUGAAGAGAUACAUGCACUGAACUGUUUCCACUGCAAAUCAAGAUGUGGUAAAAAUGAAAGGAUCAGGACCAGUGAGAUCUAAUACUACUGUCAGUUUAAUGUCCACUGUGUUUUAUACAGUAUCUUUUUUUGUUCACUUUGGAAAUUUUUACUAAAACCUGCAAAAAAUAAAGUAUUGUGCAAAGAUGUAAGGUUUUUUGAAACUUGAAAUGCAUUAAUAAAUAGACUUGAUGAAAUCAAA